CAGAGGUCCCGAAAGAGAGAGAGUGUUCGAGUUCGCAGCACGUAUGCUACGCGAAGCGAAGCUCUUGUGAAGAAUCAGCUCCAGUUGGGCAAGUUUGAAGUCAAACAGGAAACAGUGCAACAGGAUGUGCAGCAAGCAAGUGCAAAAUGGUGUAAUCUGGGCGAUCGUAGGCGCCACAUUGUUGGCGUGUGGCGCGGCAGCGAUACAGGUCGUAACGGAACCGGCCGGCAAGGUGACCGUCGCUGAGGGACAGCGAAAUGUGAAUCUACUCUGCCUGGUGGAGGAACCGAUCGACUUCUGCAUUGUGAAGCUACCGGGAGCUCCGGCACCGUUUGCGGCUAGCGAUAAACUUCCGGCACCGGUCGAGGGCAUCAAGUUCUAUGGACUGGGCUGGAGCAAGGGAUCCUGUGGGAUCACGAUCGACACGAUCAAGGCAUCGCACGAUGGCGCGUUCGAGUGUACGGUUUCGGUUCGUGGCCAGACCUACAAGGGCACGAUCGACAUCAACGUAUCAGGUGAAGCAGUUGCCCCGGAACCACCGAAGAUCGAGCUGGCUAGCAAUGUGGACGCACCGAACGGGGAGUUCGAGUUCGGUAAGAAGGUGGUGCUGAAGUGUACGUCGCGGGAGGGAUGGCCAGCGGCCAAGCUGUCCUGGUAUCUGGAUGGUGUCCGAUUGACUGACGAUGUCGGUGGUGAGUUUGUGGAGACGGCCAAUCGGCGGGCGAGCGUACAGCAGAUCUACCGGCGUGCGAUCGCCGUCGAGGAUCACAAGAAGCAGCUGACGUGCCGGGCUGAGCAUCCGGCAUACGAGGGUGGCUUCCAGGAGACGAGCCUUCCGAUUAAACUGAAGAAAGUGUACACCAACGACAAGCAGGAGGUGAAGAAGGAAGCGUUUACGGCCCCGGUGAAACCACGGGCACCGCAGAUCAUCGUGUCCAGUGAGGUUGCCGAGCGAGAUGGAGCGUUCAAGGCGGGCAGCAAUCUGGUGGUGCAGUGCAUCUCGAAGGAUGGCAAUCCACCGGCCGGAUUCCUGUGGUUCCUUAACGAUCAGUUGAUCUACGAGGGCCUUUCGGCACCGUACGUGAGCCGUAACUUCCGGGGCAAUACGGUCCAGCAGACGCUCACCUAUCCGCUGAAGGCUGCCGACAACGGCAAGACGCUCAUCUGUAAGGCCCGCCAUCCGGAAGGCAGUGAAGAGACGCGGCUUCCGAUCCGCACGUUUUAGUUGGAUAGCCAAGCCGCCCUG